CAGAAAGCACGAAUGGCCAGAAUCCGUAUUGCAAAGGUUACGAGUGGAGCGGCAUUUGUCAGUAAGAAGAAAGCCGUGGAAGCGAGGUUAGCUGCAAGGGAAUGUGGACAAGAAAUCGAAGAAUCUGCCGAAGAUAUCUUUGAAUUGCAACAUCACCAUCUUUUGAGAUGUUUAGAGAAAACGACGGAUCGCGAAUUUGUAGAAUUAGAAGUACCUUACAACGGUCAACCAAAUAGACCUUCCUCCACACCGCCAUUAUCGCCAGCUCCAUCUUUAUCUUCCCAAGAGAAUAAUUCGUUUCAGACUUGUUGUGGGAGACGUUGGAGUAAGAAGAAAUAUCAGCAGCACACUCCAGCAUCGGUGCAGGAAGAAGAAUUGAAUGACAUUCAAGUGCGCGUUCCCAAUAGAGCUCCUCAAACGAGUGAUUUUCAGCAGCAUCAUAUCAUCUCCAGGUCCAACUUGAACAAUCCGGUUCCCGUGGUGACCACAAUGUCCACCCUUCCCAUCGGAGGAUCGGUUACAACCACAGUCAUCACACCAAGCUCAAACUCGGACGCAGACCCAUCGGUACCUGUAACCAGUCAAGUACGCAUAUCAACGCUUUAAUUUUUUUGUGAUUGGAUACGUUUAUCCGGCCGAUAUGACCUUUCAAUUACAGUAUUGAACUGGUGUUUACAACCAGAUAAUCCUUUCCGGCCACACCGUUAAUUCCUACCGUGGAAAGAUCCCCAUCCAUAUCAUUGUACAGUGUUAAAAAUCUGCAGUUAAUUCCUCUCUUAUACACGAACCCACAAACCGACUUUCUGCUAAUCAGCAUCGAAUACUGUUAUGUAGUAACUUUUUCAAAGUUUACGCCCCGUUCCUUGUGAUCCUAAAAAUAAUAGAAAGGAAUGGUUCAUUGUAAAUAUAGCACUUACAGUUUCACGCCCUUCCUAGAGAACUACAGGGUCGAAGAGGAGACAUUCCAGUAUUAUUUAGUAUGCAAUAGGAAAAUGAUAUAAGGAACGAAGCCAAGUGUCGAACUAUCAGAAGAUCCUAGAAGUGAUAUAAAAAAUUGAUCAACUUGUAAAAUAUCCUUUCUGUAUAAAUGUUUUUUCUUCAAUUUUUUCUCUCUUAAACAUGGAAAAGACAUCUCUAUCUAGUACAUUCGUUGUUGCAGACAAAUUUGUGUCUGCAUUGGUUUACCUUUCAAACAACUAGUUCUUAGAUAUCUCCGCAAGGUUAUACACAUUUUAGGCCUCUUAUGCAGGCUUUCUUUACAAUUGCUUCUAUGAAUAAGUGCUGCAGGCUAAUAGAAUUAGGAUUAAAGACUAUUGCUAGCACAUCCAGUGCUUUUUGUACUUUAAACGAGAUAUCUUAGUACGUUGUCAGUGAUAAUUCUUUUUAAUUUAAUGUGUUUCAGGACUUUUAAAAAAUAACAUUAGCUAUUUACUACUAGACGUGUAUCAUUCCGUUUGGUAAUUUGUGUCUCUGUCAACAGCCAUAGCCAUCUUUAGAUGUCAAAGCUAGUUCUUUGAUCAUCAAUUUUUUGAACGAAUCUCUUUGUGGGCGCUUUCGAAUUGGAAUUGACCUGUUCCUGUUAAUACUCAGCAAUAUGCAGAAUCAGUUGUUAAAAAUAUGAUCACAUUCUAGUUUUAUAAAAAAGAUAAAAUAUAAUAAACGAUGUCUUUUGUCCUUUUCUCAGUUCAAGAUUGUACAGUACAAAGUUGUUGGAUGUACAGGUUUCAAAGCUUAUUAUUUUUUCCUUCACUUGUUCGUUGAUUGUUUCUCUGUUUUUAUUUAUUUAAAUGGAUCGUUUUAUACCCUUUUAUCUACAGAUGGAAAUAGCAGGACAUGUAUAAAACUCGAGGAAAUUAAUACUAGUAUUUGUCCGUGUAAGCAAGAAUGAUAUCUAGUGACUUAGGUAGAAGAUUAAAAAAAAGAAAGGCCUAAAGGCUUUAAAAAUAAUACAGAAGAUUAAAAGUAUAUCUCUACAAGUGAGAUGUUAUAAAUUUUACAUACAUUCUGUGCCUGGUAUGCACACUGCACUCGUAUUUGCACACUGUGUAUAAACAAAACAAGUGCAUAGAGUGUGAUAUAAUAUAUAUAUAUAUAUAUAUACAAUGAAACAACACCUUUAUAAGGAACUCAGGUGAAUAUAUAUAUAUACAGAUAUAUAAAUUAAAUAUAUAAAUAUAUACUGCCUGCAGAAACAAAUAUAGAAUAUAAAUUCCAAAAGAGCUUUUCUCAAGAGAAUAAUAACUGGAGCAUCGCACCUCUGGAAAGGAUUUAUCUGUCGAAGCGACAGACGACACUAAAAAAAUUACCAAAAUAAUAUUGUUAAGAGCUGUUGAUGUUUGAUUGAAGUUAUGAGGAGUGUUGCUGUUGUAAAAUAAUGUUGAAAGUUUUCGCUUUAUGGGAUUUAGACUUUUUUAUUCGAUAUAUAAAAUGAUAAAACAAGAUAGAUUCGGAUUCUGAUCUUGUUCUCUCAGGAAAAUGCUGUUUAAAAAAUAAACACAAAAAAAAGAAAAAAUGAUUUCUCUACUUAUUUUCGCAAUAUUCUAAUGUUCGAUACACAUUUGUCAUCGUUGUUGUUGUUUUUGUGAAAAUUUUUCUUCAAAUUUAUAUUCAAUUGCGGCGAAUGAAUGAAAUUCGCGAACAAACACUCGCCAGGAAGAUAGUUUAUCAACUUAGUCGAUUUAUUUUGGAUUGAUAAAAGGAAGAGUAGAUUGUGGUGAAAGUUAAUAUUAAAACAUUUAGAAUAUAUACAAAUAUCCGCAAUGUACUGUACAUAACAUCAAAGGCACAGAAGAUUGCUCAGCACCUUGCAAAUGUCCGUUUGGGUGACAUAAGAGUUAGGCAAGAAAAUAUGCUCAUAAGAAAAUAUAGUUUAAAAAAUUAAUUAACCGUUGUUGUAUUUUAACAAUAUACAGCAAAACAAAAUAAUAUUUAACUAAAAUCGAGUGAUUGUAAAAAUACAUCAUUUUUAAUAUUGCACUAUUGUUACUGUGAUUUACAGUCGAGAAGCUAAAGUCGGUGAGGAGUGUGGUAUAUAAGUUAUUAAAAAAACAGGCUUCUAGAUCAAUGAAGAAAGUAAAGUAGGACACACCAAAAUCGUUCCUUUAUUCUACUUGCAAUUUUAAAUUCAAACGUAGUUUGAUUCCACCUGUUUAUGUCCGAAUCAUCUGCAUUUCUAGACAACCAUUUUAGAUCUUCCUUCUUUAAACGUCGUCGACGAAGGCGAACAAGGAGUCUAAAAAGUAUUUCACGUUUUUGGGAUAUUUGUGAGUCACCUUUGCAUUUUUAAAUGCGAUUUACAGCUCUUUAAUAAAUAAAUAAAAAAGAUCAUGUAUGAGUGGAACCUUGAUCUAUACUUUUUACCAAUGCGGUUCUAAUUUAGUUUUCUACGAUUUAUAAAGAGAGGCCAACUCUGAUUUUUACAUAAAAUUGGAGUUUUAUCACCGUUUCCUAUUAUUGUUUUGCUAUUAUUAUUUAUUAUAAUAAUUAUUAAUAAUAUUAAUUUUCUUGUUCGAUGGCUCCGGUCAU